CACAUCUUUUGCCCUCAUAUCCGAGAACACCGCCCACACACACACACAGCUCCAUGCGCCUUCAGGCAUCAUCACCAUGGGCAGUACGCUGGUUAGUACCCGAGACUUGGGGCACUCCGAGUUUACGACGACGUGGCCAACGCUGUCGGAGGAUCCCACCCCCCAACGACCUCUUGUCGGGCCAGAGCAAAAGCUCAUGAUCCAGGCUCUGACAGGAGCGUACACCUCCAACUUUAGUCUCUGCAUGUGUCUGCCUGAUGUCAUGAAUAUCUGCAUCAAAAACACGGCAGUGGUAUUGCUCAGCACGGCGAACUCAUUGGCCGAUGAUGUCAAGGACGGCAAAAACGAAUACGCUAUCCUCCUCCAUGCCAUCCCUACUGGCCUGCACGACUCUUUAAUUCAAGGGACACUGGUACAUGACUACGCCACAAGCUCAGUCAAGUGUAUCGAAGAGCUGGGCGAGCGCGGCAACUAUCCAGGGGUAUAUGCUGUUGGCAUUGCUUUUCGGGAACGCGAGGAUGCUGAAGAAGGCGCGUUUCUGAAUUAUCGAGAGUGUACCGAAGUCAUCCGCAUCCUUGAAAACUACGCGGCUGCCUACCACCUGCUGGCAAACAGUCAAGAAGGCUCCCAGUUGCCCCCCAACUCCGGGAAAAUCAUCCAAGACGCCUACAAACUUGACAAGAUUUGUGGAUAUCCACAUGAGGCCAAUGAAGAUGCAUCAGCUGGCACUACACUUCACUACCUCCCAACUUUCGGUAGUGCAAACAUACACAAGCUGGAGGUGUUCAUCGAAUCCUUCCAAAGACGAGCCAAGCCUCUCCAAAAGCUUGACAAUACAGGGAGCGCUUUUAUGCAUCAAGGGCCCUUGUACGUAGGGUGUACAACAGGUCAAAUGUCUGAACACCUCAAGCAGCACCGUUACGAGCCCUCGAUGUCCGCCUUGCCAAUGAAGAAUAUGUUUCUGGCCCUUACCAUUGGCGCGCUGCUACAAAUUGGCCUAAAGCCCUACACCGUUGGAGUGCCUAUCCUACCCGUUUGGGUUGGAGAACACCUUCCCUUGGGCGAAAGACUGGUCACCAUGCUUGCAAGUUCGCUGAUAUCCCAGGGCGGCUUCAACGGCGUUCAGGCUGGCUCGAAAACGGGUCAAGACAGCGACGAGGCAGGCCUGUAUGUCGCGGAAGAGACAACGUACUUUAAGAACAACCUGGAUCGGACAUUGGCUGACACGGACCGAUUUCACACUGAUACCGAGGGCGUUGAGAACUUGAAUCGGUAUUUGCACUUUGUCUUAAGAGGCGAGCUCGAAAUGAAGCUCCUAAGCAUCGAGAUGUUACUCAGCGAACUGGAGAAUGACACAGCUAUGCUUAUGGACAUGGGGGCGCGAUUUGGUGUAGAGUUCCGCCGAGCACAGGAGCGUCAACGGGCCAUCAUCAAUCAGUACAUGUUCAACAAGACGUUCGCCCAACUAGUGGGAAGCAUUGCACGUCGGCUGAACCUUGAUGACGAGGACACGAUCCAUGUCGAUGCCAGCAACCCUUGGCGGACAGAAGAUUAG